AUGUCUUUCGCUAAACGAUUCAUGUCUUCCGCCAGCACAAUGUCCUCAGUAUACUUUGACGUCGCUAUCAACAACGCCCCUGCCGGCCGAAUCACCUUCAAGCUCUACGACGACGUUGUCCCCAAGACCGCCGCCAACUUCAGAGCUCUCUGUACCGGUGAGAAAGGUUUCGGUUACUCCGGAUCUGGAUUCCACAGAGUUAUCCCUCAAUUCAUGCUCCAAGGUGGUGACGUGAACCACAACGGUACCGGUGGAAAGUCCAUCUACGGAAACAAAUUCGCCGAUGAGAACUUCAAGCUCAGACACGACAAACCUUUCCUUUUAUCCAUGGCCAACGCUGGACCCAACACCAACGGUUCUCAAUUCUUCAUCACCACCGUUGUCACUUCUUGGUUAGACGGUAAACACGUUGUUUUCGGUGAAGUCACCGAAGGUGCCGAUCUCGUCAAGAAGAUCGAGUCAUACGGUUCCGACUCUGGUAAACCCAAGGCCAAGGUCACCAUCUCUUCUUCCGGUACCGUUUAA